UAUUUUUCUAUAUAACUAGGUACAUUAUACAUACAUUUCAAUUGUUCAUACAUACCAUUAACAACGCAGUUUCCAGUCUUUAACUACAGAUUAGGAUUUAUGGUAAAAAUAUUAUUACCUACAUAUAUACGCGUGCUAUAAAGCGUUUGGCAGUCCCAAAUUCCUCACUAGUGUACAAGAAGUGUUGGCAACAUGUUGUGUGGCUUUACAAUAGCAACUCUGCUCAUCGCAACCCUGGGCUCUCCCAGGAUUCAGGCAGAAGGAAAACCGGUGGCAAAUAGUGAUGAAGGGAACGGAUGCAAUGAGAAUGGGGUCACCAACGUUGGAGGAGCUUAUACUGAAUUAAGUGGCAACAAUUUUGAUGGCGAAGUUCAUUGCAAAUCCGAAAUAAAACAAUCAGGCGUUGUUUAUGAGGGAAUUAAUCCAUCAGAUAUACCGCCACUUGCCUUCACUUCAUUGAAAGGUAACUACGUUUCUGGUGGAGGUAUGAUAAACUAUUUCAGUUCGCGGCUAAAUCAAACUGAUGUUGUUUACAAACUCUCACAAAAUUCUGAAACGGGUCAAGGUAAAACAGAGCAUGAAGAAAAUUCCGUGAAUAAUAGUGUUGCUCAUAAUGCAUCAGAAACUAAAGAUAUAGUACAAAAUAAUGCAGAAAGUAAAGUAAAAUCUUUGAAUAAUGAUACUAAUACGGUACAGAAUAAAACAGAUGCUAAAGCACAUUCUGUGGUUAAUAGUACUGCUCAUAAUUUAACUCAAGCAAACGAUGCGAUUCGAAAUAAUACUGUAAGUGAAGUUAACUCUGUGAACAAAGAUACGGUACAAAAUAAAACGAACGACAAAGUGGUUAGUGGUACUGCUCACAAUUUAACAAAAGCAAACGAUACGAUACGAAAUAAUACUGAAAGAAAAGUUAACGCAGUGACCAAACAUACGGUACAAAAUAAAACGAAUAACAAAAAAUACUCUGUGGUUAAUGGUACUGCUCACAAUUCAACACAAGCUAACGAUACGGUACGAAAUAAUACUGAGAAUAAAGUGAAAUCUGUCAAUAAUGGUACUAGUGCGGUACUAAAUAAAACAGUUCAUAAAGGACACUCUAUGAAUUCUAGCGUUGUUAACAAUUCAACACAAGCUACGAUACGAAAAAAUAAUACGAUACGAAAUAAUACUGAGCGUAAAGUGAUAUCUGUGAAUAGUACUAGUACGGUACACAAUAAAACAGAUGAUAAAGCACACACUGUGAAUACUAGUGUUGUUAACAAUUCAACACAAGCUAACAAUACGAUACGAAAUAAUACUGAUAGUAAAGUAAAAUCUGUCAAAAAUAGUACCAGUACGGUAUUCAUUAAAACAGACGAUAAAAAAAAGGCAAAAAACGGACAGACAAGUGUGGUCUCCGACAACUUUUACAUCUAUGUAUUUUCGUUGAUUAUGUUGUUCAAAUGUUUAGUGUUAAGCUAAGUAUAUUAGAGAACGGGUUUCUAAAGAUGGGGGUGGCUAUCAAAGUUAAAAAUUGUCGCUGUAUACUGUCAUUUGUUUCUUGACAAGUGGUUGUCAGACUUUCUGACCGAUGACAACAACCUUUACACUUAUGUACUUUCUUUGAUUAUGUUGUUCAAAUGUUUAGUUUUUAAAUAAGUAUUAGAGAACGGGUGUCUAUAGAUGGGGGUGACUAUCAAAGUUACAAAUUGUCACUCUGCGUUGGCUUUUGUUUCAUGACAAGUGG